AUGAGUCGCGAUUAUGUGAUUGUAACUUACAAUAUGUACAUAUGUCGAUAAUUUGACCCCUCCAACAAACACUCAACAAAUUCGUAAAGUAAUUUUCUUUCUUUUACAACAAUGCUUAUGCAAAUAUAAUUUUACAAAGUUCUUUUCUCUUUUGAGAGACAAUUUGAAUGAGACUAAGUUAUCAGCAACAUUUUCUAGAACUUACUUACCCAACACGGUCUGCCAUAGUUCAAUUUUGGUAGUACUUGGUGUAAAACCGCCCAAAAUGUCCCGAACGACCGGGCAGCGCAGUAUCCGAGGUGGUCUGGGAAUGAGAAGCCUGGAGGCGACUUAUUCCUCGGAAGACGCGAUUCUUUGUCGAGUAUGAAACCGAGCGCUUUCCGAAGAUUUCUGGAAACUCAGUCAUCGUCAAAAUUCAUUCAUGUCGAAGAACCCUUUAAUCGCACCUACGAGAUUGCUGUGUUAAGGCAUCGUAUGAGCGAUCUUUAUCAGAUGGGGCUAGAGAGAACAAUUACAAUGGUUUUCAGACUCCAAACAUCUGUCAUCCCAAAAUAAUGCCAACAGGGGUCGCCAACAGGCACGUGGCGAGGCGGACGCCAUUGUUUAAAGGUACAGUUCACAUCUAUAGAAGUCUGGAAAGCUCCGAUUUGUCUCAUUUAUUGUUUUUGGAGGUCAGGCACACCUUUUUGGUGAAAUUUAUCAUAAUCGAGGGCUGUAAGGUCAGGGUGAAUGUCGUGACGGGAAGGUAUUUAUCGUUACAUCUGAGGGUAAUAUUUUGCCCAAUUAAUUAUGUCAAGUUGGUAAUUCACACUUACUCCAUCGAUUGCCUCCCAAAUGUACAAUGACGAGUUAUUCAUUUAUGUUUACGCUGGCAGUAUUUAUCGUUUACAUCUGGGGUUAGGGUUAAUGAAAGUAACUAAAAUCCUGGAAGAUUUUGAGUUCGCCUCAGUUUUACACGGUCAAAUUGCACAGAGAGGAGUCUCAACCGAACCACACUCGUGGUUCGGUUGAGAUCCCUGUCUGUGCAAUUUUACCGUGUAAGACUGAGGCGAACAGUCCCAUGGAAGCCCUGCGCGGACUCUCGCGCGCACAAAAAUGAACAGUUCUUUUGCUAGAGUCAUUUUUUGUUGGCUUCUUUUAUCUUCAAAGUUUUAAACUGUUCUGAUUAUGUCUACUUAACAUCUGUACAAAGUAGCAGAUUGUCAUGCCUUUUUGAUUUAAUAUUUACUUGUUCCAUUUGAUAAUCUCUUUUCCAGUGAAAAUAACCUCUUGUAAAAACUUUUUCCUCUGAUCCCCUUGCUAAAAAAAGAGUGGCAUGGUGGGGAUGUGAUUCAUAUCUGAAUUUAUUAUAAUUAUAAUUAUUAUUUAUUUUUUAUAAUUUGGCACUUUAGUGUAUUAAUACAUUCAAAUUAUUUGAAGUGAUAACAAAAAUGCCUAGUAAGGAGUAAGUAAACAAGCAAAAGAGGAUAGAAGUGAUUCAGCUGCAGUGAAUAUGAAACCAAUUUUCGUCAAAGGAACAGGAUUGGGUAUGCAUUAAAGGGGAUCCUUUUGCUCCAUAUUUGUGGACUGAAUUCUGUACAGCAUUAAUUGGAGAUUAUUUUUAUGUACAAAAUCUGGGAAGAGGAGAGCUUACUCACUUAGUUUGGAUUUGUAAAUUUAGUAUGUUUCUGAUUUUCAUUUAAGCAUAAAUUGGGACCAGUCAUUAUUUAUGAGUGGAUUGGGAGAGUACAACUUAUCAAUGUAAAUGAGUCAAAAUUAGAUGUCUGUUUGUAGAUAUUUUUAGUAAUCUUCUGACUGCCCAUGUGUACAUUCAACCAGGUUGAAGCUUAUAUGGAAAUGCAAACAACACUUGCAUGAAGAGAGUUUAAUCUUAUACCUUCUGAAAUUUGUUGUUAAUUUUCUGCAUUAAGAAUUUUGAGGUAAGAAAUACUUUUCCCUUUUGGUUACUUGUAUUUGAGAAAAUUUAUUACCCUUUUUUGAACCCACUUUCUCAGUUUCAUUGUCUUCGUAGAAAAUUAUAAGCUUGUUCAGGUAGUGAGCUUUUUGAUGACUCAAGUGUUAUUUAAAAAUUAUUUGCCUGAGUUGAAUAAUUAUUUUAGUAUAUAUCAUUGCACAAAGUGAUUUCAACAGAAUCACAAAGAAAACCAUUAGAAAAAGUAUUAGUUUGAUUGAUGGGUGAAUUUACGCGUGAAUAUCUACAUGUAGCUAAAAACAAUCCGUAAACAGUAGAUGUGCAAAUGUUAUAUCUUAAGAGUAUUUCAAAUCAUGGAAAUUCAUAGUUAAUUUAUUUCUUUGUAAGCUUUAGAAUCAAUGAAUUGAUUGAAAAGAAAAUGUCAAAAUUUUAAAUAACUACCCUUUCUGAGAAGAAACACUGCGCUUAAUUAACUUCUGUCAACUCACUGUGAAUGAGAAAUUAUUUUUGACACUAAUCGUGAGCCUUGUUUAUCUGCAGUGUUUUUUGCCAUGUUAACUUGCUGGCAUGUAGACUUUUUGAAAAUAUUUGCUUUCCUGUUUUUCUCCAAACAUUAACUUCCAUUUUGAGACACAAUUUGUUGAGUUCACAAGUCAGUGAGAAAUUCCUGGACAAUGCGGCUUGUUUUCCUCUGCUAGUGGUAGAAAAACUGCUUCGGGUGUAUGAAAGUGAACUACAGUAAAUCACUUCACAAUAAAUCACACAGUUAAAACCCCAUGAAGUCUUUUCUUACCUUCAAAAUCAACAACAGUGGGAUAUAUUCUUGUUUUUUCAAAAAGUUCUUACUCUGAAAUUUGGCAAAACACUUAGUUCACGACAGCGAUUUUGUUUUGCUUUAUAUUAACCACUUAGCAUGGUGAAUAUAACGUCAGAUUGCUUGAAUCAUCAAGAUCACUGAGUAUGUAUAUAAUAAAGACAUAAUGUCUUGAAUCAUAAUUGAAAUGAAGUAGUGCCUUGUAAUAGCAUAACCACUUUUUGUUCUAUUAUUGUUCUUGUGGGAUUGUUCAAAACAGUGCACAUUAUUUAUUUUUUCCAAUGUACAUGUAAUGCAGUGGUGUGAGCAAAGCUAUGACCCAUCAUUUUAUUGUCAUUGAAAUUAAGAAUGCCUUAUUGAUUUCAUCUUUUAUCUUUCAGCUUUUGAAAAAUAUCACAAAGAUGGAUCAAAAAAAGUUUUUUGUAAAACUAUUCCUUCUGGACAAGUUUUGCUCAUGGAUCACAUUUAACCUGUUGGUCAAUGUUUGGAUAUUUUCCACUCCGUGGUUGCAGUGACACUUCAGGUGUGAAAAAAAAUUCGCACAAGAAGAACUAAAAGUUGGGUCCAGAUAUGAAAUCCAAGUUUCAAGUUGUCUGCCCUGCAAAUAGACCUGUUCAUCUCUGUUAGCGUCUGCUUCCAAUGUGAUUUAUGCAUGUGAAUCCUUGAAGUAAUGAACAAGCUCAUCAUUCUAAGGAACUGACCUUCAGACAUCUAUGUUUAGUAAUAUUAGUGAAUAAUACAUGUAGGUAGAAAAAGGUAUUUUAAUUAUAAUAAGUCUGCAUUGCCAUGGUGCCUUUAAUAAGAGUAAUAUUUAACACAGUUUACACAAUGAUUUAAGCAAGCUGCGAUGAAACUUCUUCACUCUGUUUACGAUUUAAAUCAUUUUCCUCAAACAAUGUUUUGUGGACAUUUACUGCAUGGGAACAUGCAAUUUUAUUUUACCUUUGAUUUUUAAACAUUGCAGUUUUUCUUGACAAAAGAAAGUUUGGUGUUUAUUCUUGUCACAUACUUGUUAACUUUGUCAUGGAGGAAUUCAGUUUUGGUGAAUUUAAUUUUUUUCUCCACUUUUUUCUUGGUUUAUACAUUGCAAAUGACCUUGUGCAUUUAUGAUAAUCAGAAAAUGUUUUGUGGGCAUUCACUACAUUGGAACUUGCAACUCAAUUUUAUUUUACCGUUGAUUUUUGAACGUUGCUUAGAUUUUUUUGUUUUAUCUCGACAAAGGAAAGUUUGUUUAUUCUUGUGACAUUUACAAAGCUAUGAGAAAUGUAGUUUUGGAGCAUUCCCUUUUUUGUCCAUUUUCUUCGUGGGUAAUUUCAUGUAAGUUAAGUGCCUUGUGCAUUUACUGGGGAUUGUAUAGAGCCAAAGUAGAAAAGCCAGUGAUUGUCUGGUUCUCCACGGGUGUGGACAAAAUAUUGGCUUCUUCCUAAUGUUCAACUAUAUUUAUUACAAUUUAUUUUUUGCUCGCUGAAAAAUAAUGCUGCGACUACAUCACAUCAUAAGUGUGGUCUAAUUAUUGCAAGGUGUGUGUACACCCCAUUUUUCAUAAUGUGAUGCUUAUUUAACACAGUAGUAUUGCUUGGUGUAACCUGAUCUGUCUCCCUUUAAAGUGCUGGUGGACAAAAAGCUGCAAGCCUUGAGGUGAGUUGUUGAACUCAAUGACCAUCACCAUUUAUAUAUAUCAAAUGGUCUUUUUAAAAAGAUAUUUCUGGGAAAAUGGAGAAAUUGUUUAAAUUUACUUAUUACCUUUUAUGAAAUUUUUCUUUCAACAUUAAGACUUGUUCAAUUUGUACACAGAACAGGAUUUGUUCAGGGGAGUUUUCUGUAGAUUUACUAUUACUACUCUUCCCUUUCUUUGAUUGCAGCGCAAGAUUUGUUAAAGGGGGUUUUUUGUAGAUUGAUAGUUAAAACUCUUGCCUUGUAAAGGUUUUUGUUGUUGUUGUUGUUUAUACAUACAUGGCUCUUUUGCUGACUUUUGCAUUUACUAGGUGAAUAAUAGAGAUUACUUUAAUAGUGAAAGAUUCUUUUGGGUAAAUAGGUUUGAUAAGGAGUAGAAAAGGGGAUUGCUUUGCCAUCAAUGAUGACAACGAUUACCACUUGAGUUGAGUUGAGUUCGGAACUUCAAGAUGGGAAAAUGGAGAAAUUGUUUAAAUUUACUUAUUACCUGUUAUGAAAACUACUUAGGCAUUUAUCUUUCAACAUUACGACUUGUUCAAUUUGUACACGGAACAGGAUUUGUUCAGGGGAGUUUUUUGGAGGUUAACAAUGAGUGCUCUUGCCUUUCUUUGAUUGCAGCACAAGAUUUGUUAAAGGGGGUUUUUUGUAGAUUGAUAAUUAAAACUCUUGCCCUGACUUUUCCAUUUACUAGGUGAAUAAUAGAGAUUAUUUUAAUAGUGAAAGAUUCUUUUGGGUAAAUAGGUUUGAUAAGGGGUAGAAAGGCCCUGGAUGGCUUAGCCAUCAAUGAUGACAACGAUUACCACUUGAGUUGAGUUGAGUUCGGAACUUCAAGAUGGGAAAAUGGAGAAAUUGUUUAAAUUUACUUAUUACCUGUUAUGAAAACUACUGAGGCAUUUUUCUUUCAACAUUAAGACUUGUUCAAUUUGUACACGGAACAGGAUUUGUUCAGGGGAGUUUUUUGGAGAUUAACAAUGACUACUCUUGCCUUUCUUUGAUUGCAGCACAAGAUUUGUUAAAGGGGGUUUUUUGUAGAUUGAUAAUUAAAACUCUUGCCCUGACUUUUCCAUUUACUAGGUGAAUAAUAGAGAUUAUUUUAAUAGUGAAAGAUUCUUUUGGGUAAAUAGGUUUGAUAAGGGGUGGAAAGGCCCUGGAUGGCUUAGCCAUCAAUGAUGACAACGAUUACCACUUGAGUUGAGUUGAGUUCGGAACUUCAAGAUGGGAAAAUGGAGAAAUUGUUUAAAUUUACUUAUUACCUGUUAUGAAAACUACUGAGGCAUUUUUCUUUCAACAUUAAGACUUGUUCAAUUUGUACACGGAACAGGAUUUGUUCAGGGGAGUUUUUUGGAGAUUAACAAUGACUACUCUUGCCUUUCUUUGAUUGCAGCACAAGAUUUGUUAAAGGGGUUUUUUUUUAGAUUGAUAAUUAAAACUCUUGCCCUGACUUUUCCAUUUACUAGGUGAAUAAUAGAGAUUAUUUUAAUAGUGAAAGAUUCUUUUGGGUAAAUAGGUUUGAUAAGGGGUAGAAAGGCCCUGGAUGGCUUAGCCAUCAAUGAUGACAACGAUUACCACUUGAGUUGAGUUGAGUUCGGAACUUCAAGAUGGGAAAAUGGAGAAAUUGUUUAAAUUUACUUAUUACCUGUUAUGAAAACUACUUGGGCAUUUUUCUUUCAACAUUAAGACUUGUUCAAUUUGUACACGGAACAGGAUUUGUUCAGGGGAGUUUUUUGGAGAUUAACGAUGACUACUCUUGCCUUUCUUUGAUUGCAGCACAAGAUUUGUUAAAGGGGGUUUUUUGUAGAUUGAUAAUUAAAACUCUUGCCCUGACUUUUCCAUUUACUAGGUGAAUAAUAGAGAUUAUUUUAAUAGUGAAAGAUUCUUUUGGGUAAAUAGGUUUGAUAAGGGGUAGAAAGGGGGAUUGCUUAGCCAUCAAUGAUGAAAACGAUUACCACUUGAGUUGAGUUGAGUUCGGAACUUCAAGAUGAGUACAAUGCUUCGGGCAAUAAAACAAAGGAGUUGAAUAAAUUACAGUAAACACCCAGGAUUAAUAACAAUAUAUUUUUUUGAAGUAUAGCGGACAAAAUGGUUUGUUACCUAUCUUGGGGCAUUUAAUCAGCAGCCAAGUUGGUUCUUAAUUAGGUUUCUUAUUUCAGUGAAGGAGGUAAAUUGAUGGUUGAUUACUGGAAAAGGAGGUUCUUAAUACACUGGGGUUUUUGACAUUUUAAUUGGAACCCUGCAAUCUCUUAUUGAAUUGUUUUAACACACCAUCCAUCAAGUUAUCAAUCGAGCCAUUGAAAAGGUUUUGUUCCGAAUUUUUUUUUUGUCAAUAUUAUCAUUUCUUCAUAGAAAAGGUUACAUUCUUUUGAGUGAACGGGCUUAAUAACACCAGCAUUUUAAUUUGAAGCUUGGAAAGGUUAAUUUCAGUUGUUUCAUAACUCCCUGCAUUAAAGGAAUCAAUGUAAGCAUGAAUUUCCAUCGCAUAUGUUUGAUUAAAUGGGGUUUUUCUCUCUCUCCAUGCCUGGCAGGGGGAAGGAUGGAAGAGAAAUUUUGUAAAGUUUAAUGUGGUCAUCAGUGGCUAAUUUUCGUUGACUGAUCAUACUCUUGUUAUCAAAAUAAAGUGCUUUAAAUAGUAAUCAUCCCUCACUCAAAGAGGUCCUCUUUUUGGACCACACCUCCUCAAUGGGCCUCAAUAGGUACCGGUAGUUCCACCCCAAAGGUUAUUAUUAUAUUUAUUUUAUUUACAUUGGAGUAGAAUAGAAGUUGUGUGUUUUCAUCUCGACAAAAUUAAUGCAAGAAGGACUAUUCUUUGACAUCAUCAAUUUUAUUUUUUCUAGACCUUACAUUGAAUACUACACAGUACGCAUCCACUCCAAGCGAGUUCAGCAUUGGUGGAAAUAUCUUCGAGUGUUUCAAAGUAAGCAUUUCCUUUUAA